AUGUCGCCCAUUCUUAACAAUCAAUCAUUAAGAGCUUCAAAUAAAGUAAAUAAAACUAAAUCGGAUGCUUACGAUUUUCCAAUCGAUAUCAUAUCAACUGCUAUGAAAAAACAACCAGCCCGUAAUUUUAAUUCCCCAGCUUAUUCAAGAUCAAGAUCAAAUACGAAUAAUUCUAAUCUUUCAAAUUUUAAUAACAAUAACAAUAACAACACACCUAUUCCUAUUUUCACAAAUAAGAAUAUCCCUAUGUCCCCACCUUCCAAAUAUAAUACUCAAAGCAAUUUCACUUCUCCAAAAUUGCCAACUCAAUCUUUAAGAAAAAAACAGUCCUUUUUUGAAGAAUUACCUCUACCUUUGCCAAAAAACUCUUUUAAACAAAAUUCGAGAAAAACUAGCUCCCAUUUUAACGCCCCAAUUCUUUCGAAUCAGCAGCAAAAUUUUCUUCCUUCUCCUCCUUCCUUAGUACCUCAACCACUUUAUCAAAAUCAAAAUCAAAAUCUCCAGUUCAACCAGGUUCCAAUUAAUUCCCUAGAUCAACAAUUACUAUCACAAAAUUUAUCCCCAAAUCCUCAAGCAUUUUCAGCUAAAAACUCAACUGUUUCAAAUGUUUCAAACAAUCCUUAUAUCCCCAAAGCGACACCCAAUAUGCCACCUUCUGAAAAUUCUCCAAAUUCAAAUCCCUAUAACCCAUAUAAUAAUAAAAAAAUUAAUACCAUUAAUAGCAAUAUUAAUAAUUUAAAUAAUAAUUUGGGCUUGAGCAACUCUGUCUCCAAUCCUCCAUUAACAAAUAACGACCAAAACUUAAACAUAAAUUUUAACAAUAAUAAUCCAUCGUUCCAGUUAUUUCCAAAUCAAUCAGAUCAGUUUUCUCAGCCCAUGCCUCAUAUCCAACAACAACAACAGCAGUUUGCACCUUUACAAAAUUAUGUGCCAAAUCCAAAUAUGAUGCCAUUGCAACAAUCAUCUAUGCAAUUACCCACAAUAACACCAAAAUCCACAAAUUAUUCUUCUCAGCUUCAAAAUUCAUCAUAUAACAAUUAUAAUCAAAAUAAUGCUUUAUUAGUCCCCCCUUUUCAGUUUAAAUCGCAUACGAAAGCAAAUGAGUCUACGUUUUCAUAUUCACCAAUUGUACUAACAGAACCUCCUACUAAUAGGGAUAAAAUAUCAUCAGUAGAAAAUCAAGUCAAGCCAAGUUAUCAAAUCCCUAUAUUUCAAUGGUCUCCCACAGACAAAAUUGUUAAAUUGGUACCAGUUUUUGAUAAUUAUGGGACCUGCAAUGUUUCUAUUGAAAUUAAACCAGUGAAAUCUAUUUUAAAGUCUGAACCCUUGAUUGAAGCAUUUCCAAUACUAAAUGUGUCUGCAAAUGCUACCAGAAAUCAAAAAUUAAAGACUGAAUUGAUGAAUUGGAUCCAAAAUAAAAUAAAAUCAUUUUCCUUAGAUUCUAAUUGCUAUGACUAUGUUACAUUUUUUAAUCUUUUGCUUUUAAUUCUUAAUAAUAAUGGCAAUGUUAAUUCAUUGGGGUUUAUAAAAUCGGUGUGUUCUAUGUUUAAUCCAAAAGUGGAUGUUACUUUUGAUUCAGAUAUCUCCUUAAAUCCAAAUUCAAGAUUUGCAAAUGAUUUUUCUAGAUCAAGAGGUUCAACUGUAUCCACAGCAAUAGCUCUAAAUGCGUUUAAAUUGGAAAAAGCAAAUAACGGGAAAUUCUUGGAGCUUCUUGGGAAGGGUGAAAAGUCAGCUGCUCUAAAACUCUGCAUAAAUGAAAAAGAUUGGGGAUUGGCGUUAUUACUAGCAAAUAGUCUUUGUCCAGAUAAAUAUCAAUACGUUGCUGAUCAGUAUAUUAAUGAUAUAUAUAAAAACAAAAAUGAUUUAGAUAGCAAAUUGAUUAGCUUUGUUCUACAUGUGAUUUCUCGCUCUUGUUCUUUUCAGAAGCUAUUUGAACAUGAAUGGCAGUUUAUUUUAAGUCACUGGAACCAAAUUUUAUGCAUGAUUCUUGCAAACAAUAUUGCAUAUAAGCAUGAUUUUAGUGUUUUCUUUGGCUCUUCGUUUAUUCAGAAUGAUUUCUUAAAUAUCGGACAUGUUGUUUUAAUGAUAUUUUUAAUUCCAAUAAGUUCAAUGCCAUUAGAAUCAGGUUUCACAUUUGAAAUGAUUGGUUAUGGGGGAGUUGGAAAAGAUAUCAGAUCCAUUAUCAUGACGGAAAUUUAUGAGUUUAUUUUAUUAACAUCUGCCGAUAACACAUUUAAUAACAAUUAUUUUCCACAUUUAUUUACUGCAAAGUUGAUGCACGCUCAAUAUUUAGCAGAUUACGGUUAUUUCAAAGAGAGUUUAAAAGUUGCUGAAAAUCUCAAUUUGAUCUUAAAAACGCAGAAAUAUGCUGUUUCUCAGACUGUUACCGUAGAACUAAGGAAUUUAUUGGAAAGAAUCAACGAGACAAAUAUCUCUGAUGAAACAUCUGGGUGGUUUAGCAGCAAAUUUGCCAAACCCAAACUCGAUAAAAUGUUCAAUAAAUUUAUUGCAGGCGAUGAUGCUGAUGAUACUUCUCCAAAAGAAGGGGGACUUUUUAGCAAGUUUAAUGCAUCUUCUGCCACUAUUUUGGAAAAUGAAAAUGACUACUCAAACUAUGGUGCAUUUACGGGACGCAUCAACUCUGUGGCUUCUUCUGAUAAUUUGAAUAAUUAUAGUAACAAAUUACCCAAAAACUCUGUAUCUAAUUCAAGAAGAACAUCCGAUUUCAAUCCAAGUGCAAGCAAAAGACCAGUAUCCUUAGCUCAUUCAGAUAUAGAUUCGUCAAAUAUCGGACCUUACAGCAAAACACCCAAUCAACUUUCAUCAGCAGCUUCUUCCGGCUUUAACAGUCCUGAACAUGUUCAUGUUCAAUUAUUUAAAACAACAAGUAACAGGUAUCAGCAAAAAGGUUCUUCAAGAAAUUCUUCUGUAAUAGCGCUUGAUGCAUUAAGUUCUCCUGGAAUAAUCAAUACUAAAAAGAUUUCUAGGCCAAAUUCUCCACCUAAUAUAAAGAGAAACGGUACGCCAAAGAUAUUAAGUUCAUUUUCACCACAAAAAGGACCAGGAUCCAGACCUCCAACAAAAAUGAAUAAUUUUUCUUCGCCCAAAAAAAGUUUCAUUAAAGCUUCAAAAAAUGCUGGAUUUCAUGAUUCUCCUCAACUAACAAAUAAAAACAAUCAUUAUGCGCCAGUUAGAAAAGCUGAACUGAAUCAUAUUUCAUCGUUCAGUAAACCUUCAAGUAACAAGGAGGUUUCAAAAUACUCUAAUCAACUGCAAGUUGACUUGCAAAACAAAUUUGUGGCUUCAAAGAUAGAAAACCAAAAGAGUUUUUCUAGUGGGGUUGCAACAUCAGAGAACUUUUCUAGCUUUGAUAUUGCAAAUAGAAAGACCGUUGCUAGUGGUUCCUAUGAAAAACUUGAGAGACAAUCUUUUGAAAAAAAAAUUGAAUCUUCUAAAUCAUCUUAUUCACCAACAACUAAUAAUAAAGAAAGAAAUGCAUCAGUUCAGUCCUCAGACAAUAGUUUUUUUCCAUUAAUACAACCAAAAAAUAAUUUUUCUCAACCCAAGCCUUUGGUGAAGCCCAAAACAACAACCGAACCAAUUUUUAAUAAAAAUUCUCCAGCUCAAACAAUAAAAAAUAGCAACAAAGAAAACCCAUAUUCUCCUGUGAGACAAAUAAGUAACACAAAACGAAGUGUAAGUUCAAAUAAAUAUGCUCCCACUAAUAAUAAUGUUUCUCAACAACAACAAAACAUAGUUGAGACACCAACUGAAGAUGCUCAGCCUUAUGAUUAUUACACAUAUUCGGGAUAUUCCUAUGGUGAUGCUUUAAUUAAAGAAACAGCUAAUGACAAAAGUAAAGCAAGCCCAGUUGAAAAUUCAGGUCCUCCAAAUCAUAAUUAUUUUGCCCCAAACACACCUCUGGAGCAUAACCAAAAUGAAAUUAUUGAAAUUAAGCUGAAUUCUGAACAAUCAGAUAAGUUCAAUUUUAGAAACAUUAAUGUGGUCGCAGAAAACCAUUCCCCUGCUCCUCCUUUAAAUGAUUUAACAAAUGCUGGCAUAGAUCAUAAUUUAGGUAAUGAUGAGCUGUACUCAAAUGUAAUAAUCAUGGAUGAUAUUGUUGAUGAUGAGGAAGAAGAUGAAAGUUCAAAAGAACAAAAUACAGCCAAGAUACAAACAACUGGUUGGUUUAGUAACUGGUUUAAUGGGUCUGAUAAAGAAGUGGUUCACAAAGCUAAAUUAGGAGAAAAAAAUAAUUUUGUUUAUGACGAAGAUCUCAAACGUUGGGUUGAUCACAAGGAUCUAGAAAAACGAAAAGAGGAAGAAGCUAGGAAGAAAGAAGCUAAGAAAAAAGAAGAUAAGAAGAAAGAAGAAGAAAGAAGAAAGAAGCAAGAGACAAAAUCACUGGGUUCUAAGAAUAGCCAAAAAGGUGGUUUUUUUGGAUGGCUUUCAAAACGUGAAAAAAAUGAACCCAAAGUUCACGUAGCCAAACUCGGUGAAGAAAGCAAGUUUUAUUAUGACGAAAAAUUAAAAAGAUGGGUUAAUAAAGAUGCGCCACAAGAAGCAGAAACUGCUGCUGCACCUCCUCCUCCUCCAAUAAAGAAGAAGACAACUGAGACUUUGGAAGGUAGAGGAAAGGCUGAGUUUUCAGCUUUUAAAAGUGCACCUCCACCAUUAGGAUCAUCAGCGUCUGAGCCUGCAAUUAAAAUUGGCUCAUCAAAAGAAGAUGCUUCUGUGCCUGAUUCUUCAACUGGAUUUUCAUUGAUAGAAGUUGCAAGUGGAAAAACAAUUCCCAAAAGAAGAACAAUCAGAAAGAACAGAAUUAAUUCACCGGCUGAUUUAUCUAUUCUUGAUGUUGCAUUAGGCAAGUCUCUGCCUGCCAUUGGAACUCUUAAAAGCACAAGAGCUGCAAGACGUCGUGCUGCUCGUGCUGCUACCUCAUCCAAAAUUGCUAAUACUGUAGGUGAAGAGAAAAAUGACGGCAAGAACGAGGCGAUAGAGAAAGAUAGCUCUGAACACAAAAGUCCAGCCUUGCCUUUUAAUAUCAAACCAGAGACCUCCACAAAUCCUAGUAAUAAUAAACCAAUCCUUCCUUCUCCAGCUCCUCAAAAUUCAUAUUCAUAUGUACCAAUUUCUUCAGAUUUAUUUUCAGAGGAGGAUUUUCCACUCGAAGAUAAGAAAACUAGUUUAUAUUCAAUCACAAAAACUGAAAAUAUCUCAUUAGCUGAAAGUUAUGCGAAUAAUUCGUACACUCCUAACUCCUUGAAAAAAUCAGAAAAGGACUCAACUAAAGAAAAUGUUGAAAAUACAAAUAUUAAAAAUGAAAAUAUUGAAAAUGAAAAUAUUGAAAAUAAAAAUAUUGAAAAUGAAAAAAAACAAAUCGACCCAAAUACAGAGGCAACAACUAUUGAUAUUGAUAAUGAAGCUUUAAAACAUGUCUCAGGUGAUUCUGCAACAGUUAGAGAUUCAAAUUUAUUGGGUUCCACUGAAACUGAUGUCAAACCAAAUCCUAUUGGAACAUUAGAAGAUCACACAAAUAUAAUACUAGAGAGUAACACAGAUGAACCUGAACAUAGAGAAGAUAUCAAAAACAACUUUGAAGGGGAUUUUGAAAAUGAAAAAUUUUCUAUUUCAAAUUUAAACUCUUCUCCUUUAAAAAUUGAGGAAGACAUUUUUGAAUUUUCACCAAUUACUGGUAAUAAAAAUGAUUCGACUGAGUUUGAAUUAGAGAGAGAUACUGAAAAAAAACUUGAUUAUGUUGAGCCAAAUGUCGUGGCAGGGAUGGAAUCUAAGUUUGAUGAAUUAACUAUGUCAAACACUAUGAUGGAUCAGCAAGAUAACUCUCAAUUGGCUGAAGCUGGUGUUAAAGAAGACUUACAAUUAAAUUUACCAAGUCCUCCAAAAUCCAGUCCUCCAUUAUCACCUCCUAUGUCCAAUAAUUCCUCUUCCCCCUUACCUAGAUUAUCUUCACCACCUAUACUUUCACCUGACUCUCCCUCAGGCCCUCAAUUAGGACCACCUCCCCCAACGUUUAGAAACAGGGCAGCAAAGCGUCGUGAAGGCAGAAAAAAGCCUCAUGCUACUCCUGAUUUCACCCAAUUAAUGAGCGAAGGAAGAGAUAAGUUGAUAUAG